ACCCACCCUCUUCCUCGCCCACCGGAAAAUCCAAAACUGGGAAAAGCCACCGGAUUCCGGCGACCCACAGGAUGCAGAUGCCGCCGCUUCGGCCGGAGCAGGCUUAAAAGGGCCGCCCCCCCUAUCGCCCUGUGCCCUUCCCCACCUCCCUCACCCUUUCUGAUGCAAAUCCUAAUCCAAAUCAAGCGAGUGUAGAAUCCCAAAUCCCGUUUCCGUACUGCUUCUAUCGUCCAGGACACCCGCGAUGAACUGCCGCAGGUUUGUAGCAGAAGCAACAUUAGCUUCUCUCCAUCAUUGUUUGCUGCUGAGCCCCUAUGUGGCCACACCAGCAGCAUUAGGGGUUGAAGCAAUGAUGUGAAGCACAAAUCUGCCCUGGGUGGGGUCCAUUUCACCUACCCUUGUGGAUAACAUGGUUCAUUUUGGAGUUACUUUUAUGCUAACACAAUCUAGGCUUCAUUAGCUAGGUUAAGUUAUACUCUGAUUUUUUACUUAGUUGUGUUAAUCUGUAAAGAGUCAAUACUUGGUUUUAGUUGAGUUUAGUGUAAAAAAUGGAAAGGAAGAAUUUAAUGGCACUGGAUGAACAUGUUCCAAAAGCUAUUGAUCGCAAAAGGAAGCAUGAGUCUGCUGUGAUGAGUACUGGCAGAGAUGAUGCAGUUGAGGUCUCUCAGCAUGUUCCAAGAAAAAACCUUGUCAUGCUUGACGAUGAGGCUGCAUAUAAGAGGUCUAAAAUGAACUCAUGUGCUGGUCAUAUUUUGGAGUGGUACAAGAACUUCAAGACAAGUGGGUUGCCAGUGCGUGUGCUUUGUUACCAACAGGGUAAUUGGCGGGACUUUCCAGAGCACAUUGUGAAUCUGGUACGGCAGGAUUUCCAAUUGAAGAAGCCAAUUACUAAUGCUGUAUUCCAGAACCAGCAAGUCCUGUUGGACUUCAUGCACAUGAUUUGCCUAGAUUCUGCAAUGACCGCUGGCAAGCCAAUAGCAUGGAUUGAUGAUACUGGUAAACAUUUCUUUCCAGAUUUAUGUGCUGGAAGGAUGACAUCUAAACCUUCUUGGCAUGGGAAAAGUGACCCCACUGGUAAAUCUCAAGCUGUUGGGUGUGCUGGGAGAUUAACAGCUGCAGCUGAAAGCUCGAGGUCAGAUUCUGUUGAUGAAGUACUUUCUCAUGUUAAGAAGGUACAUAAUGAAGCUAGUGCUGAAAAUAAAUCAGGUCCUUCAAUCUGUUUGAAUGAAUCUGCUAGUGGAACCAUGAACAAUGGUAAUUGCAAGCAGGAAAGAGGCCCACACAUUGCUUCUGCUGUGCGGAGAGUAUUAGUUGAAGGAUUAGGUCAUCCUUUUACUGAAAAAGAUAUCGUCGGUAUCUAUAGAACCCCGCUGGUAGAUCAGCAACGGCAAGCUCGCUUCAAUCUUUUCCAGAAGGAAGUUGAAGUCACCAAAAAGCAGCGUGGAAAUGCAAACGUGCGUUAUGCAUGGCUGCCUUGUUCCAGGGAUGCUAUGGAUGAGAUGAUGAUGCAUGGUACUUUGCAAAUUACAAAACCAUUGCUUGGGCCAACAUAUGGCAUCGGGACACAUCUCGCUCCAGCUAACUCUGCCAAUACCUGUGCCAGCUAUUUGGAUGUUGAUGACAAUGGUAUAAUCAGGAUGCUGAUGUGCCGUGUUAUAAUGGGGAAUGUGGAGGUUGUUUAUCCUGGAUCAAAGCAAUUCCAGCCAACCAAUGAAACAUUUGAUAGUGGCGUGGAUGAUCUCCAAAAGGCAAAGCACUACAUCAUAUGGGAUGCUAAUGUGCAUAGACACAUUUAUGCUGAAUAUGCUGUUAUUAUCAAAGUACCUUCCAGGACCAAUGAACACUUGGUUAGAGAAGAUACUGCAUCCAACAUAUCUGAGAUGAGAAAAUCUGGUUCACCAGGCAGUAUAAUCAAGGAUGGUAGCUUCCAUACCUUGGUAUCUUCAGCUGAUCAACAACAAACAUCACAUAUGUUUGGGCGCCAGCGCCAUCCGAGUUCAAGAUUUCCUACCUCACCUUGGAUGCCAUUUUCAAUGCUUUUCGCUGCCAUUUCCACAAAAGUGCCUCGUUCUGAUAUGGAUCUGGUCCAUGGAUAUUACGAAGAGUUCAAGAGGGGAAAGAUAAACAGAACCGAGCUAGUGAAACGGCUGAGACAGAUUGUAGAUGACAAGCUUCUGGCUUCUGUAAUAGUGAGGCUACACCACAAGGUACCACCCUCGGCAACAGCUGAACUGCUAUGAAGUGCACAACGGGGUCCGAGCCCUUUAGUAUCUCCGGAUAAAAAAUAACAGUUCAUCGACAUAGCAGCAGCAGAGUCGUAGCGGGCAGAGCUCAAGCAAAGCCGGUUACAUUCCGUGUUUGUUCAUGGUAGCACCCAAACUCCGAAAAGCUCAGAAGGCGUCCUGGUUGGUUGGUGGUCUGUGAAGACCAGCAAGCUACUACCAGUACCAUCCCUAUGAAUAGCCUGAUAAUCUGUUGUAGUUUCGUUUUAUCCGGUUCCUCAUCGUUCAGGAAGCAAAAACUCUGCUACCCGCAUGAAACCGUGCAAACCUUGUAAUGUAAACUGUGCCUGAUAGGUUUUACUCUCUCCGGAUUCAGAUUUAGCUUGUUGCUAUAUGAGUUUUCAGUUGGGAAAAUUCGGUGGCCAUGUGUUGCUUCUU